AUGGCUGUGCUGCCAGUCCUGCUGCUGGGGGUGCUCCUGGUGACCCAAAACCCCGGGGAUACAGCUCUCCUGGAAGCCAAUGGCAACCUGAGCUGCCGCUGUGCCAAGACCACCAGAGCCUUCAUCCCCCCCUCGAAAUACAGCAGGAUCGAGGUCUGGCCCGUGGGGAGCAGCUGCCGGCGCCAGGAGGUGGUGAUUAAGCUGAAAAGCCUGGAGAGGCUCUGCCUGGAUCCUGACUCCCCGUGGGUGAAGAAACUCCUGCGGGACCUCCCUCACCUCAGGAGGAAGAAAACUCCUCGCUGAGGAAGCUGCCACCAGUGGGACAGACAGAUGGGACAGACCCCCCCUCCCCAUCCCGGGGUCACCAUGUCCCUCUGCGGAGGGGACCGUGCUGCUCCCCGAUUCCUGAUUUACCCCCCCACUGUUUUUUUUCCUUUGCAUUUUAUGCAUUUAAACCCAUGAAAACGCCACUCCCUGCUCCCCCCC